UAAAAUAAACUUUGAAUUAACCAGAAAAUGUGAAUUUGUUGCCCACAUACUCUCCACUUUCAGCGCCUGGAGCGGCAAUUAAUUGUUUGGGAGAGGGCAGACUGACAGUGACAGACACCACCACUCACACUCUAUUCCUUUCUCAUUCCUGGAGUUAUAAAAAAUAAGGAAUUUUUUAUGAUUGAUGGAUGAUAAUUAUCAGGAAAGUAGAGAUUGAUGUUGACUGAAGAGUUCAAUAAGUAACUACCCAUUUGAGUGAUUUAUGCGUAGAAGAGAUGCCAGUUUUGUCACAUCCUAAGUUCCUUCUUCUCUUCAUUUCUCUUGGCAUUUUGCUCAUUUUCACUUUCAUUGCUCCUAAAAAGGAUGCAGAGAAAGCAGAAGAGGUGCAUGAGAUCACACAUAGAGUAUACUUGGAUGUUGAUAUUGAAGAACAGCGUUUAGGUAGAAUUGUUAUUGGAUUAUAUGGCCAGGUUGUACCAAAAACAGUAGAAAAUUUCAGGGCAUUGUGCACAGGGGAGAAGGGUAAAGGUAAAAGUGGGAAAAUUCUCCAUUAUAAGGGAACACCAUUCCAUCGUAUAGUAUCUGGGUUUGUGAUUCAAGGUGGUGACAUAGUUCAUGGCGAUGGGAGGGGAAGUGAGUCCAUAUACGGUGGCACUUUCCCUGAUGAGAAUUUUAAGAUAAAGAAUUCACAUCCAGGUGCUGUUGCCAUGGUGAAUUCAGGACCAGAUUCUAAUGGGUCACAGUUUUUUAUUACUACUGUCAAGGCCAGCUGGUUGGAUGGAGAACAUGUUGUCUUUGGCAAGGUUAUUCAGGGCAUGGAUACUGUAUAUGCAAUUGAAGGGGGAGCAGGAACCUACAGUGGAAAACCUCGAAAGAAAGUGGUGAUUGCUGAUUCUGGGGAGAUACCCAAGAGCAAGUGGGAUGAAGAGAGAUGAAGCUCCUCUGUAACAUAACAAGAAGUUUUUCUACUCUUUUGAGUUUCUAAUUUGUGUUUUCUAGAUAGUUAUCUUUGUAUAAUUAUCAAUACGAAAUCCGAGUUAUUCAUUAGUUCCCCGGUCAAGAAAGGUUAGUUUCUUUGUACUUUUGAGCUUAUGAACUUCUCCAUGAGGCAAUUCUCUGCUAUGUCAUCUUUGCUAACAUUUUCAAAGGCUAAA